UAGAACCAACAAAUUACAUGAACAACCUUUCAAUCCAAACUAUUAAAGAAAAACAAGUUAUAUCCUCAACAAUACAAAUACCAACACCAACUGUAAUACAAAACAUAACUACAACAAGUAUUCAAACAAUAGUUGCAAUUUCAACCUUUACUCAGCAAACAACACCAAGUUACUUUA